UGAGUUGUUGACGUUAAGCAUUUUUAGGUUAGAAUUCGGUUUUACGGACGUUUAUUUUCAGCAGAAAUAUAAUAUUUUUUCGUAUCCAGUAUUAUAUCGGUAACUCAUUCCUACAAUUUAUUAAGUGUUACGUUCUAGGAUCAAUGAAUUUCUCUGAUAAUGAAGCCGAUGAUACAUCUAGUGUCGGUAGUACCUCAAACACAGACAAUACCUCAAGAAGUGAGACUCCGACUAAUCCUCGGUUAAAAAAGCGUAAACGGGGCAAGAAGAAGAACACAACAAAGCAAGUCAAACCCCCAUACAAGUUCAAUUGCAGUGCAAAGGAGGACCAUGGCCAGCCCCUGUUUGGAUGCCAGUUCAACCACCACCUCGGCGAGGGGCAGCCGCAGGUGUUUGCAGUGGUCGGCAGCAACCGAGUCUCCAUAUAUGAGUGCCCGGAGACUGGAGGGUUCAAGUUCUUGCAGUGCUAUGCUGACCCUGAUGUUGAUGAAACUUUCUACACAUGUGCAUGGUCAUAUGAAGAAGAAUCAAUGCUGCCUCUACUAGCUGUGGCUGGAUCAAGAGGCAUCAUCCGCAUCUUCCAGCCAUCCACACAGACGUGCAUCAAACACUAUAUUGGCCACGGCCACGCUAUCAACGAAGUCAAGUUCCACCCACGAGAUCCAAACUUACUGCUCUCCGCUAGCAAAGACCAUGCUCUGAGACUAUGGAAUAUUGUUUCCGAUGUAUGCAUCGCUAUCUUUGGAGGGGUGGAAGGCCAUAGAGAUGAGGUGCUGAGUGCUGACUUUGAUCUGAAAGGUGAAAGGAUAAUGUCAUGUGGUAUGGAUCAUUCUCUGAAACUGUGGAGGUUGGAUAAGCCGUCGAUGAAUGAAGCCAUCAAGCAGAGCUACACAUUCAACCCUCACAGGGCUCUGAGGCCCUUCAACUCGCUGAAGGAGCAUUUCCCCGACUUCUCGACACGGGAUAUUCAUAGAAACUAUGUGGACUGCGUUCGGUGGAUGGGUGAUCUCAUUUUGUCUAAGUCCUGCGAGAACUCAAUAAUCUGCUGGAAGCCGGGCCGGCUGGAGGAGACCGACCCGCGGCCCGGAGACAGCGCCGUCACCAUGGUGCACCGCUUCGACUACAAGGAGUGCGACAUCUGGUUCAUACGGUUCGCCGUGGAUUAUUGUCAGCGGGUGAUAGCGCUGGGCAACCAGUGCGGCAAGGUGAUGGUGUGGGAGCUGGCGGCGGUGGCGGGCGGCUCCAAGUUCUCCCACCUCGUUCACCCGCGCUGCGCCGCCGCUGUGAGGCAGGUGACGUUUUCCCGUAACGGCAAGAUCUUGGUGGCGUGCUGCGACGACGGCACCAUCUGGCGCUGGGACCGCGUCAGCCACUCCAACAACAUAUAGACUAGACCUAGACCGACUAGAUCACCUAGAUCUAAACCUAACACUUAGGUGACACUGAUGAGCAUUCUAAUUAAGUUCUCCAUGAAAUCUUCGUUGUAUGUAGAAUGUCCUAGUUAUAAUUUAAUUAAUUAGUAUCAAUUUAAUUUUCUUAUAAUACUUGACUGACAUGGAAAUCGAAAUGACUGGCCGCAAGUUAUCCCGCGGGUCUCUGUUUAAGUAAUGAAUGAAUCCUAUGCAUGAAAUGUAAGAUAUUUGUGAUAUCAUAAUUUUAAUCUUGUUUUAAGACUGGUUUAGUCAAAUUAAACUUUUUUUUUCUGUAA